UGCCCGAAUCAGUCGAGAGUCCUUCGAUGGCUCCGUCAAUCUCGCUGUUUAAACAGUGGCUUCUAUAUCUACUUGUUUCUAGGUUUUUCUUAUUAUUAUUUAAAGUCAUUAUAAAGGGGUCGAGCUUCGAUUUCUAGGGUUUUCCAGGGGACUCUGCACGAUUGGCGAUCUCACUGUUCAUUUGGUGGUCGGAAAUUGGUGGCAAAAUUUGAUUGCCGGUUGAGGUUGGAGUUUUCUUGGAAGUAGAGAAAGCUUGAGUUCUUGAUGCGAUUACAGCGGAUGAGAUGAGGAGCGGAGAUUUCGAAGCUCGAGGUAGGACAGGAGAGGACAAGGGUUGGGAAUCGAGGUCGAACUCUUUGGAUUCUAGGAUUUUGAGAACGGAAGAUUCGGAGUUUUGGGAAUCGCCGCAUCCAGGCCUGGAGCAUUGUAACUCCUUACCGGCGCGAUCAAAUAGCAGUAGUAUUCUAUACAAAGUCCGUGACCUUAUCUUAUCUAAAUCAAACAGCGAAUCUCUCAAGUAUGAUUUCCAGCUGGAUGGGCUAUCUGAGAGUGAACAGAAUAAAGUCAUUGAGGAUCUCGUCAAAAUCGAGAAUGAUGAUACCAUGGAGGUUGAUGUGGUGGAUGAUGCACCCGCAGCCCGAGAUCUGUCAGAGCUUGAUGCUGUUGAUGCUAAACCGUGCGAUAGUGGAGAAACCAUCUUUGAAUUCAGCAAGACAGGUCCAACACUGAAGAUUGCUAUACUUGUCGUUGGGACAAGGGGAGACGUACAACCUUUCAUAGCUGUUGCAAAGAGACUUCAGGAGUUCGGUCAUCGUGUCAGAUUGGCAACUCAUGUCAAUUUUCGUAAUUUCGUGCAGUCACAUGGCAUUGAGUUUUAUCCUUUGGGUGGUGAUCCGCAAAUCAUGGCUGGAUAUAUGGCUCGGAACAAGGGCUUUCUGCUAUCAGGACCUGCAGAAAUAUCCAUGCAACUGAAGCAACUGAAGGAGAUUAUAUUUUCCCUUCUUCCAGCAUGUACAGCACCUGAUCUGGAAACUGGAGCACCUUUUAAGGCUCAGGCUAUUAUUGCAAAUCCUCCUGCAUACGGACACACGCAUGUUGCUGAAGCUCUUGGUGUGCCACUUCACUUCUUGUUCACAAUGCCUUGGACGCCAACAAAUGAAUUUCCACAUCCUAUGUCAUGUGUGCCAAAUAGUGCAGCAAACAAGCUAUCCUACAUUCUUGUGGACUUAGUGGUGUGGUUGGGCAUCAGGGGAUUUAUUAAUGACUUCAGGAAGAAGUUGAAUUUGCCUUCUAUUGCAUACUUCAGUACAUAUUAUGGAUCCAUAUCACAUCUGCCAACAGGAUAUAUGUGGAGUCCCUAUCUUGCUCCCAAACCAAAAGAUUGGGGUUUCUUAGUAGAUAUCACUGGUUUUUGUUUCCUCAACCUUGGCACAAAGUACCAACCACAAAGGGCUUUUGCAGAAUGGAUUCAACAAGGACCAAAGCCUAUAUAUAUAGGGUUUGGUAGCAUGCCUCUCGAAGAUGGCAAAAGGACGAUGAACAUCAUCCUGGAGGCAUUAAAAGAAACAGGCCAAAGAGCAAUAAUUGGCCGUGGUUGGGGAGAUCUUGGAAUCAGUUCCGAUAUACCUGCUGAUGUCUAUCUUAUUGAAGAUUGCCCUCAUGACUGGCUAUUUCCUCAGUGUGCUGCAGUGGUUCACCAUGGAGGUGCUGGCACAACAGCUACUGGAUUAAGAUCUGGGUGCCCUACAACUAUUAUCCCUUUCUUCGGGGACCAGUUUUUCUGGGGUGAUAGAAUUCAUGAAAGAGGAGUCGGGCCUGCACCAAUUCCCAUAUAUGAGCUAAAUGUUGAACGACUAUCAAACGCUCUAAGGUUCAUGCUUGAUCCAGAGGUUAAAUUAAGAACCAUGGAACUCGCGAAACAAAUUGAGAACGAAAAUGGUGUUGUAGCUGCUGUGGAUGCAUUCCAUAAGCACUUGCCUGCAGAAUUACCCAUCCCUCUUGUCCCUUCUGAUGAACCUCCACAACAAGUCCAAUGGAUAUUUCAGGUCAUCGAGAGGUGGUGUUGUCUUCCUUUCACCUUGUAGCCAUCUCAUCUCAUUGGUUGGUGUACAUAUAAUUUGUUUGUUUUCUUCAUUUUCUUUAUUUAUCAUUCUUUAUGUUGUUAUGCGGGUGGUUAUGUGGAUGCUAGGAAAAGUAAAAUUUUGUCUCGUGUAUCAUAUGUUGUGGUUUGCGGUGUUAGACGGAUGUUUUUUUUUUUUUUUCCAGGUUGGUCAUGUAGAAAACAUACUUGUUUGGUUUAAUAGAUAUGCAAGGGUUGUGAGAAGGUGUUC